AAUGCUGAUAUCGUCAGUAUCGCGUGCCGGCUCGAGUGGCGCGCCGCCUGUACUGCUAAAUACUGUAAAAGCACGAAGAGACCCGGUCUAUAACCUUACUUAACCUUUAAAUUUAUUGAAUUAAAAUGCAACAAUGGAUCAAAGUGACCCUCAUAUUGUGUUUCUUUGGUACUUUGAGGGAGAUACGACCCUCUGAACCUUUCGUUUCGGAGUUUUUACUUGGUCCCUGGAGAAACGUAACUGAAGAACAACUGAGUAGAGAAGUGUACCCAAUUGGGACGUAUUCGUAUUUGGCGCUGCUCGUCGUAGUUUUCCUGAUAACAGAUUUCUUGAGAUUCAAGCCCGUCAUCAUUUUGUCUGGCUUAAGUGGAAUAUGUCUGUAUGCAGUAUUACUAUGGACAACAAGCAUAGAAUGGCUGCAAGCAUCUCAGUUUCUGUACGGGUUAUUUAUGGCCACAGAAGUAGCGUACUACACAUACAUUUAUGCCAAGGUGGAUUCAGCAAAGUACACUCGAGUAUCGUCUUAUACUCGGAUAGCAGCAUUAACGGGAAAGUUCAUAUCAGGAGUCACCGCACAACUGCUGACACAUUUCGAAGUGAUGGACCUACGGGAGCUCAAUUAUAUCACCUUUGCAGCGCAAAUACUAGCUACUUUUUGGGCAUUCUGGCUGCCGCCGGUAAAAUACGGAAUAUACUUCCAUCGUCGGAGAACCGUGAUUCUAAAUCAGCAACCCUUCGUCGACGACGUGACUAAAAAGAAGGCAAUACGGCAGCAAGGACAGGCAACUGCCAAGCCAUCUAAUCUAGCGCACAUCACGGAAGCAUUUUCUAUGAUCGCCCGCCACGCUAUGUCCGCGUACAGACGACCAAAAGUAAUUACAUGGUCCGCGCUGUACGCCGUUGCACUCGCACUCUUCGUGCAAGUGCAGAUUUACGUUCAGCUUCUAUGGAAACAGAUACAGGACCAGACUGGCACUGCGGUAUCAUACAACGGAGCAGUAGAAGCAAUCCUCACGCUCCUUGGAGCAUUAGGCGCCUUUAUAGCGUCAUUACUAUCUCAGUCCGGACUGCCGGCGCCCGUGGCGGCCAUUCAAGGUGUUGCAGUAUUCCUCGGCACAUAUAUACCGAAUGUGUUCGUUUCGUAUGCUGGAUAUAUUGUGAUGGGAAUGCUGUUCCAUUAUACCAUCACUUUGGCUAGCGCGAAACUAGCAUCGCAACUGACAGACGAUAGCUGUUUUGGUCUAAUCUUCGGAAUAAACACCCUUAUUGGCACUGGGCUUCAAUCUAUACUGACCCUAGUACUUAUACAGUCUUUACAAUUAGAUAUAUCGACACAGUAUUAUGCUAUAAGUGUUCUGUACUUGGUUUUAGCCUGCGCCUGGCUGGUGGGGUGGAUGGUACAGGUUUGUAGGCUAAAAAAUAGUAUAAAUAUUGAUAGUAACAUGGAUCAAUGAAUCAAGGGGACUGCUAAUCGCGGUACAAGACAGCGUAGUCGGGUGUUUAGUAUCUAAUGGUACCAAAUAUUGCGACGACUGCCUAGCUAUUUUUAUAACUAUAGUACCGGCACGCUAUGAUGGCCGUUUUGACAGAUUACAAUAGUGAGGUGAAAUCUCAAUUCAUUAUCGAAAAAAAUAUAAUCAAAUG